CCAGAAAAAUGCAUACUUUGUGCGCUUGACGGACUGUCAAUGCAAUUUUUACUCUAUUUAUUCAGCUUGGUUUAGCUAUGCGCCAUUCUUAUUGUAAUAAAACGGGCGAUGCAUGCAGGUUCUAGACACUGUGCGAGUAAAAUACCAAGUAAAGUGAGUGAAACUGAUAAAAAUUCCAAGUGACAGGAGACGAUGGGCGAGCAGCGUUGGACGUCGUGUUUUCUCGAUAACAUCAAGAAACUAAACAAAUCCUGCAAUAACUUUCCAAAAUUAUCCUCAAGACUGUUUAUAGUUUAAAUAAUUUUUUUUUCGGUUCAAGUAAUUUAGGGUAUGAACAAGUUCUAGUUAAAAAAAAAAAAAACAGGAAAAGAAUGCCAACAUUGCGAGAGAGAAUAAAAAGACGGAACUAGUUAUCUAUUUAUUUUAAUAUAAUAUUUAAUCAAUAAAUAGCUUUUAGCCCAUUUACUUUAAUUUAAACAAGUUAUCCAUGAAAUAACACUGGGUACAAUGGAAUUGCAAAUAUUCAAAACAUUGAGAUUGUGAUGGUGUCGAUUAUUUAUUUGUUCAUUUAAGUUAUCGUUAGUAGUAACUAGUAAAUAACUUAUAAUUUGAGAUUAUUAGUAUCACAAUGUAUGUUUGGAGUGGUAGUUUGUGAUAGUUUGUCUUGAUGGAGCAACAUGGACAACAUGUCGUCGAACAUGUCUUUACGCAGCAAAAGGAAAGACAACCUUAUCACGAGGAAGCAGGACAAGAGCCCAGAAAAGACUAUAAGGGGUACAAGAGGCGCCUACAGGGGCGUCCCUUCUACUUCAAAGCGCGAUGAGGACACGGAUGGCUCCACCGAGCGGCUGGAUCGGCCCAAGAAGUUCCUGUCGCAGAACAAGAGCAACUAUGGGCUGGGCAAGCGACCUGACUUCUCCUUGAAGAAUCGCAAUGUGCAUCUCGCUUCUUCCCGAUAUGGACAGAUGACAUCAGGCCUGCACGGGCACGGACACCAGAUCUCGCAGCCGGCGCACCAUCUAGAGUCCACAGUACUGCCGGCCAAGGAGAAAACCGUGCACGGCAAGGAAAAGACCUUCAAGGUGGUGGUCGGCGGCGAGGUGGGCGUGAUGAAGACUCCAGUCCUGGGCCCGCGGCCCUACAACGCGCUGGCGAUCAUACACACUCAGCAGAGCAACACCUUCGACAUGCUCAACUCGCUCACUACCAGCGUUGCGAGUCAGCCAGUAGUGGGCGGGUACCGACGGCGCAGCUCGGGCCAGGGCGCGAUCUGCGACCCGGAACUAGACGACAGUGGAAACAAACUCGUCGCCCGGCUUGAGGACGAUGCCUUCAUCUCUGAACAGGAUCUGGAAGAGAACAUAGAGGCUACAGAAAAGGGUCUCCCUCACGCACCGACCGACACCGCGGAAGAACAACAGGAGAAACCACAAAAUGGAGUGUACGAUCGGUUCGAGUUAGAAAAAUUAGAGGAUAAAGACAAAGAGAAGAUCGACAAAGAAGAUGAGGAGGAACCUAUCGGAGUGUCGCCGUGUGGAAGGUUCUUCAAGUACGAUAAGGAAGUCGGUAGGGGGUCCUUCAAAACAGUCUACCAAGGUCUCGACACGCAGACCGGGGUCGCCGUUGCUUGGUGCGAGUUGCUGGAGAAAAAACUCAACAAAACAGAGCGACUCCGGUUCCGAGAGGAGGCUGAUAUGCUGAAGAAGUUGCAGCAUCCAAACAUCGUGCGCUUCUACAACUACUGGGAGGGCACGGUCGCUAAGAAGAAGAACAUCGUCCUCAUCACAGAACUCAUGGUCUCCGGCACGCUCAAAACAUAUCUCCGUCGCUUCAAGAAAAUAAACACGAAGGUGCUUAAGUCAUGGUGUCGGCAGAUUCUCAAGGGCCUUAACUUCCUACACUCCAGAACACCGCCUAUUAUUCAUAGAGAUCUGAAAUGUGACAACAUCUUCAUAACGGGCGGCACGGGUAGUGUGAAGAUCGGUGACCUGGGACUCGCUACUCUCAAGAAUAGGAGUUUCGCCAAGUCUGUUAUUGGAACGCCGGAAUUCAUGGCGCCCGAGAUGUACGAGGAGCACUACGACGAGUCGGUGGACGUGUACGCGUUCGGCAUGUGCAUGCUGGAGAUGGCCACCGGGGAGUACCCGUACAGCGAGUGCAGUGGCCCCGCGCAGAUCUACAAGAAAGUCGUCUCGGGCGUGAAACCGCAAAGCUUAGAGAAGGUCGCAGUACCAGAAGUAAAGGACAUCAUCGAGUCUUGCAUCAGGCCCAACAAAGCUGACAGGCCGAAAGUGAAGGAUCUGCUCAACCACGAGUUUUUCGGCGAAGAUAUCGGCCUUCGGUUAGAGAUCGUGGGCCGAGACCUUGUCACCUCUUCAGACAUCACAAAGAUAGAGUUCCGAUUGAAGAUCAUCGAUCCGAAGAAAAGGUCGUUCACCCACAAGGAAAACGAGGCGAUACAAUUCGAAUUCGAUAUGGAGAAUGAUGAUUGUGAAGAAAUAGCAAAAGACAUGGCCAAGUCUUGUCUCAUCAUGGAGGAGGAUGUUCGCAUUGUUACCAAGCUCCUCAAGUCGCAGAUUAUUAGUCUCAAACGCGAGAGGAGCGAGAAGAAGGCCCAAAUGCUGUUCAACCAGGAGAUCAUCAAUGAGCAGAAUCAGCAGCAGCAGUUGCUGUUAGAGCAGCAGUUGAGACAGGUGAAAAUGAUCCAAAACCAACAGCAGCAAGUCGGCCCUGUGGAUCAAGUUAAAGCCGGACUACUCAAUGGCGUGGGUCCACAGCCAAGUUUAACAUCUGUGCAACUGGACCAACAGUCCCAACUGCUGCAAGCCCAGCAACAGCUAUUCCAGCAUCAGUUCCAGCAACAUCUCACCAACGAGGAGAAGGCCAUGAAGCUGUUCCAGCAAAACCUGAUGCAGGCGCGCGUGUCGCCCAGCCUCGCCGCCGACCAGCAGCUCUUCCAGCAGCAGCAGCAACUCCUCGAACAGAACCUCAAACAGCAGGUGAUGAUGGAGCAAAACCUCCUCAACCAGCACAUGCUGGAGCACACCGUCAACAGCCAGGCGCUCAUGGAGCAGCAGCAAACGCCGCUACAGCCGGGUCUACUGAACCAGCAGCUCGUAGCUAACGAGAUCAACAGCCAAAACCAGGUGCUACAGCAGCAUAUCAUCCAGCAGCAACAGAACAUCAUCGCACACCAAGCUGCAGCUAUCCACCAAAAACAGCUGGAGGAGCAACUAUCAGCGCAGGAGAACAUGAUGACCGGACCUCAGCCGAAUCUCGUUUCAGGCCAAGUAUUGGACCCGUCCCUUCAAACAUUACAAAAUAUACUAGCUCAAAUCAUUCACAGGCCGGAUUCCUUGCAAGCAAGGAAGGAGUCCGAGUCUGAGCAGAUGCAGCAACAGCAGCAGCAGCAGGUCAUCAAUCAGCAACAAGUCAUCAGUCAGCAACCGGAAAACGUCGAGAUCCAACCGACCACUCAGCAGGAAACGGAUGCCCAGCAAAGUAAAAAUUUCGCAAACGCUCAAGUUCAACUUCCCACUAGUCAGUUUAAUUUUCAACCAAAUCAGCAAUUUAUUCAGCCGAGUUUAUUACAAGCGGCCGUAGACCCGGUUAUAUUGGCGCAGCAGCAGCAAGUCGCGCAAGCGCAGCACCAGGUCGCACAAGCUCAGCAGCAGCUAAACAUGCAGAAGCAAAUGCUGGCCCAGCAGCAACUCGUAUUGCAGCAGCAGUUGUUAGCCCAGCAACAGUUAACGAUGCCGGGGCAGACGCUGUCGCCGCAGCACAUACGAAACUUGCAGCAGCAGCAAUAUCUAACACAGCAGGAGAUGCAAUUGCAAACUCAACAAAAUAUACUAGAUCAGCAGAAUUUUGCGUUGCUGACACAGAAGCAGCAGCUAAUGGGGCAGCAGCAGCAAAAAGUUGAGGAAAUGUUGCGGUCGCAGCGGCCUAUGUACACUAGGCAGGGGUCCGAGCAGAGUCAGAUGAGUUCUGCAGAUGUUCACGAUCAGCAGCAAACAUUAAUCUCGGAUCAGUAUCAACCGCAAAAUCCGCCGCUGCAAUCCCAAAUGUCCGUAGAUCAAUUGCAGUUCCAAAAUCAGCAGCAACAGCAACAGCAGCAGUUUGUAGAAAAGCAGAUGCAAAAACAGCCAUCUGAAGAACAGUAUCACCAAGUCCAUCAAAUGCAGGGUCAAUCCCUACCACAUAAUAUGGUGGCCCAUAACUUCAACCUGGUACAGCAGAAUGAGAGGCAGAUAUCUAGUCAUGAAGGCACUCCCGUGCAGAAUUUCCCUGCCAACCCUCUGCAGAUGUACCAGCAGAAUCAGCCUGCACAAACCAUGCCGAAUAUGGCAUAUCAAGAAUCGUCAAUUGCAAACUCAGUUCCUAGUUCGUUACCUCAGAAUCCACCCGCGACGCAUUAUCAACAAGUUGAAAACGUUCCGCAAUCGCUUCCUACGCCGAUGCCCGCUCAAAUUCAGCAGGAAGUACCUAUAAGUCAACCCCCUCAGACAAAUCAGAUUCCUCAAACGAGUCAGCCCGCAAGCAGUCAAAUGCCUCAAACAAGUCAACCACCAGCAAGUCAGAUUCCUCAAACAAGUCAAGUUCCUCAGACGAGUCAGCCUCUAUCAAGUCAGCAGGUUCCUCAGCCAAGUCAACCUCCACCAAGUCAGGUUCCCCAGACAAGCCAAGCUCCAGAAAUGGUGCCGCAACAACUCAACAUUCCUGUGGAGGAAGGAAUGACGAACGGUGGGCAGAAGGAACAGUUCCACACGCCAAUGACGGAGUUCCCGUCCGGCGCUACCCAUCAAGAGGCUAUUCGCCAACCCGAAUUAAGUUCCGUGGAGGAAAAACAGGCGGAGACUCAACAGGAGGCAGGUACAGCAGUACCCUCGCCCAUAUCAGGUGAGAAGAAAUCCCGGGGUUCGAAAAAGCGUUCCCGGGAGAAGGAGAAAUUCCCGCGCCUCACCGUGCUCACCGUCAGUGAUAACAACACGGUGGUCGAGUGCCAGCUCGAGUCCAAGUCCAAGACUGUUACCUUCAAGUUCCACGUGCCUGAUGUCAAUCCAGAAGAGCUGGCCAGCAACUUUGUGGCGAACAACUUACUACCCGAAUGGCAGAGCAGUGCGUUCAUGGAGUUGAUCGGCGACAUCGUGCGACAGUUGCGCGACCCCGGCGCGGCCAAGCCUCCCCUCGCUCCCCUCGCGCCGCCGGAACGACUGAGGCUCAAUAUUGAUAAGUCGGACUACGAUUCUGAGACGACGGAGCGAGAUGAAAACCUAACGGACUCGAAUCAGGACAACUCGGAAUGCACCACGCCCACUGCGUCGCAGGACAGUAUAGCGCUGGCCGAGCUGGCCGACGAGCCCGAGCCGCCCCCCCUCGCGCACGAGCCGCGCCCCCCCGCGCCGCUCCCCGCCGUCGCGCGCAAGAUCAGCACUGCGUCUUCUAUAGGUUCUAAUCAAUCCGACGGCGGGUCGCUAGCGGACAGAUCGGGCAGCACCGAGUCGAACGGCGAGCGCAAAUCACAAAAACCUACUCGUAAGAUAUCGAGGUUUCUAGUCAGCCCCGUCGUGGAUCGCGGCGAGGACGUCCCGGAGGAGAAAGGGGCGGACCGGCCCGAGGAGCGGCCGGCCGAAGUGCCCAAGCUCCCCGAACCUACCAAAGAGCCGCCCAGGGAACCGCCCCGGGAACAAGUCAACGGCCUGCCCGAGCCGGAGCCGGCGCCCACGCUGCCUGAAACGCAACCGGAAAUAAUAAGACCGGAACCAAUACAGAAGCCAAUACCGCAGACAGUUCCAGAAAACUUCGUUCCUACUCACCAGUAUUCACUCCCUUCACAACUCACGCAUACUCCCCAAACCAUCACCGACCACAGGCCUGAAGUCAAACAAAUACCGAGCGAACAAAACGUGCAACUACCUCAGAGCACUACACAGCCGAUUACCACCUCUAUGACAAACAAUAUACAGUCCACAAUCCCUCAAACGAUGCCCUUCCAGAGUAUAAACCAUACGCUGCUAAACGGAGCGUUGCAACCUAGUCUAACAAACUUAACAACUCCCUUACAAAUAGCAACAGAUACACCCUUGCUUGGGUUAAGUCAAGUUGGAACACCAGUCGUUGGUGGGGAUUUAGGUUUGAACCUUGGGCUGGCUCAAAUGGCGCCCGGGUUGGUAGAUCCUAUGGCCUUGAGCAGGCUUCAGUUGGGACAGCCAACCCUGACUCCGAAUUCAGGGAUGAACGAUACCCUGGCGAAUGCGGAAAACAUACAGAGGAUGUUGCUGAAGCAGAAUAUUAUCAACCAACAACAGAAUCUCCAAGGCCCCAAUCUAUUAGGGCUGCUCAACCAACCGCAGUUCCCACAACCAGAACUAGGGUUGCACAACAACCUGCUCAACACGCAACCUGGCGCAGGACGGCUGGCCUACGCUCCGCAGCGGUACUACCAGCCGAUGUUGGCCACGGCGAACGAUCUUAUAGGAGUACAACAGCAAGCUCUCCAAACAUCUGUGAAUCAAUUCAACCAGCCAAUGGGCCCGGCAUUCGGUUUAGGCCUGGGCCUCGGAUCUCCCCUACAGGCCGGUCUCGGCGCGCAGAAUCUCGGCCUCCAGCAGAACAUAGGCCUCGCCACCCAGAACUUAGCCCUUAACCAGAACCUUAUGGGCCAGAAUCUUGGACAAAACUUAGGCCUAGGGGGCCAGAAUUUAGGUUUAGGUCAGAAUCUCAUGGGGGGUCAGAGCCUGGCACUGGGGGGUCAAACUUUGGGGCUCGGAGGCCAGAACCUGUCGCUGAUGGGGCAGAACCUUGGCCACCUGGUGGCGCAGAGGGCGGUACACAACGCCUUGGCGAGGCGAGCUGUUGAUAUGGAAAUGGGUAUGGCAAACGUGAACUCGACAGGUUCGACGCAGCCCAGCUCGCCCAACAAGGCCCAGUCCUACAACGAGUACAUGCUCACGCUGCAGAACAAACUCGCCUCUAACUUCAACAGCGGCCCCGUGUCCCCGCAGUCUCCUCUGGAGUACAGUCCCGCGUUGUCGCCGACGCGACAGUUGCACGCGAUUGCACAUAAGCGGGAGAUAUUGGAAGGCGCGGAGGGCGUGUCCAGCGUAGAGGGUGCGGAAGGUCCGGAUGGCUCGGAGGCGGAGGGGUCUCACGCGGCGCGCGUGGCGCAUCUCGAACAUGAGCUUAGCAAGAUUAGCUCCUACUACAAACACGCUGCGCCCAAGGACGCGUUCGGCGAGCACGGCGCGGAGGUGUUGACGGGCGACAUCGCUGGCACCGCCGUCCCUACUUACGACGAAGAAAAAGACGGUCGAUGGGUGGUGUCCCGCGCGACGCCAUUGCGCAGCUACGCUCUGUGCAGGCUACUGCCCGAACACGCGCAUCUCGCGCAUGGGAAAGAGAAACUCGACCUAUCACAAACGCAGUUCGCGGGCGAAACGGACGAGUUAUCCUGCGAUAACACGUCGCUUUGCGAGGAGGGCGUCGAGGCGGGCGAGGCGGGGGCGCGAGGCGAGGCCGAGGCGGACGUGGGCGAAAGCGAGGCGGAGGACUGUGAGACGUAUGUGCUGACGGACAGGGCGCGAGCGAGGUGCUACGUGCUGGAGGAUGCGCUCGCCUCCCGCCGGCAUACCAUCCUCGACCCCGCGCCGCGACUCGCUACAUCAAAACAGAGUCCCUCAGAAGUAGCAGAAGAAAGAGAUAGAAGCUACCUGAUCCUGGACACUAUUCGGGAUAUGACGUGUACGGUCAUUGACCGCACGCUGGCCCUAGACGAGGAAUUCCUGCCUUUUGUGGAGAAGAGGUAUCAGCCCGCGCCCGUUGAAGGGGAAAAGGUCUCCGUAAGCGAAGAGCUAGGCAAAUGGCGGGAAGUUGAAGGAAGCGGGUGGGUGGAGGGGGGUUGCGCGACGGGUGCCAACCCCCCGCGGUUAUUGCGUGACGCAGUGGCCGCCGACCUGCGGGCCGACCUCUUCAUCGAUGAGGCGCUCACCGACAAAGCGCUGUGCCGGCAGCUGGUGCUGGUGAGCGUGCGCGCGGCACGCUCGUGACGCGUGACGUCACACCACACACAUACAUACACGCUCUAUUUAUUGUGCUGUACGCGCGUACUGUAACAUAACGCCACUAUACAUAACAUGUCUAUACUAUACUAUAUCAUUACAACGUUACGUUCAUUCAUUCAUUAAAUAAAUAAAUAUUCAUAUGUGAUAUCCUGAA